AUGAAUAUGUUGGAUGAUGAAGAUGACCAAAGCUUUCACGCUACGCGUGACGGCUACUCCCAUUUGAGCGAUGUCGAAUGGGAUGCAGUUGAACGAAUGGGUUCGACCAUGGGCAUCCAUGCUGUUAGCGUCAUGCUAGAGGCUCUCAAUAGAGAUGCCCAACAUGCUACUAUCGCCAAGUUCAUUCAAAAUGAACUUGACGCAGAACGCGAGAAAGUAGCCUUGCUUCACCAACAAGGUUCUCAACAAGCAGAGUUGUUGAGAGAACAAGGUGCUCAACAGUUUGAACUGUUGAGACAGCAGCAGGCUGCUGCUGGCGGGUCGAUGCACUCGCGUCGGCCCGAGACUUUGAAGAUUGACAUCUCAAAGGCGCGUCGCAUCGACGACGGGGAUAUGCAAGUUGCAUUUGCCCAGUCAAAUCUGGCAGGACGUGCCAAGACUUGGGCACUGGGGCUCAAGCUGCACGACCCAUAUGCGUUUGGGUCGUUGGAAGUCUUCAAGUCGCGGCUCAGACAAACGUUUGAACCGCCUAGAGCUGAGUUCAGAGCUCGAACCGAACUCUUGAAGCUCAAGCAGGGUAAGCGUGAUGUGCACGCUUACGCUCAACAUAUACGACAUCUCACGAGUUGUAUAAGUUCCAAUCCGGUGGAUGAACACACGUUGGUUUCGGUGUUCAUGCAGGGUCUUGCGGAUGGUCCCGUCAAGACUCACCUGUUCCGGCUUGAACUAGAUUCACUAGAACAAGCCAUUUCAAUUGCGGAGCAGGAAGACUUCAGUCUGAGACAGGCUCGCGCCAGCUCGACAUCAUAUCGUCAACCGAGACGAUAUGACAACGGAGGUCCAGAGCCGAUGGAACUCUGUUAUGUAGAGAGCGAGAAGGCUCGCUCUACAGGCUACAAGAAGUUGCAGAGAUGCAACAGAUGUCAAAAGACAGGACACUACGCUUACGAGUGUAGUGCCCCUCGUCCAGUGUCUCGCGACACUGGGCGUAGUGACCGUCCACCCAUGAGAAAGGGGCAGGGACGAGGGUCCGCAGUUGGUGCAAAGACGCAACAACGGGAUGGACCGUCAAAAAAACGGACAGGAUCAGUAGGUGCGGAGCACCUACUGAUCCAGCAACGUCAAGAGAAUUUGUAG